GCAGUAAUUUGACAAGAUUUGGUGGCCUGUAUAUAAUUUCCUAUCUCCACAAAAUAUAGAGAUCCUUUGGGGAUUUUUGCGUCUUUAAAGUGUGCGACUGUCGUCAUUAGGCUGUUUCGGCGCAGAACAAGGCGGAUCCCUAGAUGUUCUGAGAAUGACUAUGGACGCGUCGUGUAUGGAGUUAGCGUUGGAAGGGGAGCGCCUCUGCAAGGCUGGAGACUGUCGCGCGGGCGUAUCGUUCUUCGAGUCGGCGGUGCAGGUCGGAACGGAGGAUUUGAAGACGCUGAGCGCGAUCUACAGCCAGCUGGGCAACGCGUACUUCUACCUGCAGGAAUACGAGAAGGCACUGGAGUACCACAGACAUGAUCUAACAUUGGCAAGAACCCUGAGUGACAGGCUCGGAGAGGCAAAGGCCAGUGGUAACCUAGGCAACACGCUGAAGGUUCUGGGCAAAUUUGACGAGGCCAUUGUCUGCUGUCAGAGACACCUGGACAUCUCCAGGGAACUGGCUGACAAGGUCGGUGAGGCCAGGGCCCUGUACAACCUGGGCAAUGUGUACCACGCCAAGGGGAAGCAUGCAGGACGGAACAGCCAGCACGAUCCCGGGGACUUUCCCGAGGACGUCAAGGCUUCACUCCAGAAGGCCACCGAGUUUUACGAAGCCAACCUGACCAUUGUGAAGGAGUUGGGGGAUCGGGCAGCCCAGGGCAGGGCGUGUGGUAACCUUGGUAACACCCACUACCUGCUGGGUAACUUCAGCCGUGCCAUCAUGUUCCACGAGGAGCGACUUGCGAUUGCCAAGGAAUUUGGCGACAAGGCAGCGGAGAGACGAGCCUACAGUAACCUAGGCAACGCACACAUCUUCUUGGGAGAGUUUGAAACUGCAGCAGAAUAUUACAAGAAAACUUUUUCCUGCAGGAAAACAUUGCAGAUUGCCACCCAGCUGGGAGACAGAGCCAUCGAGGCACAGGCCUGUUACUCCCUGGGGAACACGUACACACUACUGAGGGACUACGAGAAAGCUGUGGAGUACCAUCUACGCCAUCUACAGAUAGCACAGGACCUUGGAGACAGAGUUGGAGAGGGAAGAGCCUGUUGGUCGCUGGGUAAUGCACACACAGCACUAGGUAACCACGAGAAGGCCCUACACUUCGCACAGCGCCACCUCGAGAUCUCAAGAGAGGUUGGAGACAAAGCAGGAGAGCUCAAGGCUCAUAUGAACGUCUGCGACCUGCGUACUGUGCUCGGGAUCGCACAGACCAUGGUCGAACUUACGCGAGGCGUCCCCGUCUUCCACUGCCGUGUACAAGACAAGACAGGAGAGGUGACGGCACAGAUGAAUGUGAACGACCUGCGGACUGUACUGGGCAUCACACAGGACCACAGCCAGUCUGCACACACCAGCUCCUCCCACCUCCCCAGUAAUGGACCCAGCAUCUCCUCACUACUACCUGACUCUGCUAUAGCCUCCGUCAACUCCAGUAUCAUCAGUACACAGAGUAAAGUACGGAUGCGGAGAGAGAGUAUGGAGAAAAUGGACCUGAUGGCUCUUUCACCUGACAAGUAUUCCUCGACCAAUGGCAGCACAACAACAUCGGAGAGCGAGCAGUCGGUGAAACUGAAGGCCAAGCCACCCCGAGCGAAAGUGCGGUUGAACGGGGCGUCGGAGCCGAGGAAACAGCCGUCUGCCUCAGGCAGCAGCACAAGUGUCUCCAGUUCUGUGGAUAUGCAAGACAUACAGCUGCAGAUGCCAGCUGGGUCAAGGAAAAACUCGGAAGAUGCCCUUGAUGAAGGGUUCUUUGACAUCCUGACGAGGUUACAGAGCAGAAGGAUGGAUGACCAGAGAUGUGAGCUGAAACCCAUCAGCAAAACCCCCUCCAUAGCCUCCUCCAGAAGCUCCCAGUCAUCCAGAAAUACAACAGAAGACAAGACCAACAUAAACCCCCAGUCGGAUGAGUUCCUGGACAUGGUGGCCGGCGUACAGGGCAGGCGGCUUAACGAACAGCGGGCGGCGCCGCUCGCCGACCUGCCGGGACUCAACAAGAAGAGCAAGGCGGUGAUUGGUCAACUGCUGGCCACCAAUGAGCAAGCUGUUCCAGAUGAUGACUUCUUUGAUAUGUUGAUGAGAUGCCAGGGUUCCAGAAUAGAGGACCAGAGGAGUUCCCCCCCAGUUGCUAACGCCCCCACCGUGCCAGACGAGGACUUCUUCAGCCUAAUCCAGAGGAUGCAGUCUUCAAGGCUAGAGGAACAGAGGUCCACCCUCCCCCUGCCCAACCCCACACCCAGAAAAGACUCAGAUGCAAAAUCGAAAAGCUAGGAUAUCCCACAGUAAUUUGUUGGUACGAACAAUACAAAACUUUGUUGAGCCGUUAUCAAGAACAUGCUAAUUCAGUAAGAAGACACAUUGGUCCUUUGAUUCCAGUUAGCCAGGAAAGUUCUGUUCUGAGAUGAGUUGUUAAGUUGAUACAAUAUAUAGGGGACCAAGUCAUUGUCGAUAGUAUGAAAAAUGUAGGGGAACAGAAAUGUGUUCUACUUUAUAAAGUGAGUCUAGGAUAAGGAUGCAAGAUUUUUCCAGCGACAGGGAACCAUAGAUCUCAUAUGAUGAAAUACUUUCCAUACGAAUUAUAACUUCUUCUUAGCUACCAUAGCCUAAUGAUGUAAUCUUACAGUUUGCUGGUUUAAACAGGUUCUAGUUAUUCAAUACUGCUAGGAAGUUUUCGUAGGGAACAGGUAACAUUUGCAUGGGAACAAUAACAUGCUUGCUAAACACUAAUCAUUGUGGACUAAGACUUAGUGAUGUUUAAAACUCUGAGGACAAUUCUCUGUAUUGAAGCCAGUCUUUUGGUGGAAGCCAUUCUAUAACAUAGCGAUACAUACGUGUAGGGCAGUUCAGAAGAUUUGGCUAUUUUGUAUCAUGCAUAGUUUACACAGACUAUUAAGUACAUGUAUAGCAUUGAUAUGACCAAUCUUUCAACACAAUGCCUCUGCUGCUCUCUCACAGCCCAGUUCCUAUCCUUCUUAAGUACUGUGUGUUCCCUAUAUCAGUAUGAUGGCAUCUUACAAAGUAAACUGUCUUCUAAAAGGACAGGCAUUCAGGCUAAAUCAACAGCUAUGUUGAAUAGCUGAUUCCUUUUUGAUUUCUUAACUUGUUGAUCAGUUACUAAAUGCCAAAAUUCUUUUUUCAAGUCUUCUGCUGAUUGUGCAUAGAUAUUAACAUUGUAGAUAAAUCUACAGCAGGUUUAGAUUAAAAAGCCAUAAGGAUAUGCUUCCUGGUUUAAGGUUUUUAUUUAUUGUACAGUGUUUGAAAAAUGUUUACCUGAAUAAGUCACCACUCACAGCAUCUUCUAUUCCCAGUAUGUAGAUAGACCCUGAACUAAUAGUGACGUGAACUAUAACAUGCCAAAGUAUUUAAAGCUGUAGCGCUAUAGACUUCUAUGUAUAAAGGUACAUGUACUAUUCUGUGAAUAUGUUUUUUAAAUUGUAUCAUUGGUGCAUACUUAUUCUGAAGGGAAAGGAUAUGUAGAACAUGACCUCCCCCCCCAAAAAACAACCCCGCUCAAACCCAGAUAUUACAUGUGUGUGUAGGGAUUGAUUGAUAAGGGGUGCUUAAGUAUUCAUUAUUGAAUUACGAAUAUUAUGGAAUUCGUAUGAUCCACUACUAAGCAACAUACAGUAUGGUCUGCAUACAGUAACGUAGCAUUUGCACAGAGAUCGUACAUUGUAAGCACGUACAACUCGCCACUUGCGCUACAAACAAUGCACACAACCGCUCACGGCAGGCAGACCACAUCCUUAUUACCUUAAGCAACCGUGCAACACGGUGCGAGUGAUGUGCGUCGACAUACUCCCUCUGUGCUCUUGCCAGUCCCACGUUUUCAGAAAAACUUGUUGGACGUGGCCUCAAAAACCAAAAAAUACGGACAAAAACCAUGUAUGGCGGGUUGUGCCCUUAGCUUAAUGCUGGCUUCUAAGGCAUCUCAUCAGUAUGACUAAGACCAACAAACAGGGAUCUUGUGUAUUCUGUAAAACCUGUAUAAAUUCCAUAAAGUUGAUAUGUUCCUUAGAAGUGGAAAUCGUGAAUUUCAUUAAAUUUGUGUGUAUUCUGUUAAACUCGUAUCAUCGUAUGAAUACUUUGGGCACCCCUGUUGUAGGGGUUUUAAGUAUCUGAAUAUUAAACUUACUCACCAAACAACAUUGGAUACUUGAUAACCCUUUAUGAGACAUGUUUUGGUAAUGUAGCAAAUCACUCUAGACACAGCUUCGACAACGAUUCACCAUGUUUAAUGUACAUGUGUUACUCUUAAUAACUUUAUUAUGCACAAAUGAGUUUGUAAAUUACACUGUUUGGAUGUAAAUAUGAGGUUUGUGGACACCGAGAAAUCAACUGUUAUAUUGAACUGUCACUAACUUGUAAUCUUUUUUCCUUUGAUAAUUGUUGUUUUGGCCGAUCAUGUAAGUACAAAUUAAGUGUAAGUAUUAGGCUUUAUGUAGCCACAAGCUGCAGCCAUUUUAGCCAUACACAUUUUCCAUCAUAUCAAACGUGCUAUAAUCUAAAUGCAACACUCUUAGCUGGCUAACUACAUGUAUUUGAUCAUUGCAGAUCUGACCACAUUUGCUCUUCUGUUUGCAUUCGAAUGUUAGCCUUGCAAUUUUGGGCCUAGAUUUGCAUGUAGCCAUAUUUGGUUUCACAGAUCAGUUGAGUUAAUCUCCAAGCAGAUCCUACAAUGGAAUAAGAUAGUACCAAACUGGCCAAGGAGUGUAGUCAGCCAAAAAGCAAAAGGUGUCCAUUUGCCUUGUAGCAAAACACACUCCUAAGCCGGCUUCACUCUUUUGCCAGCUUUUGAUACUAUCUUAUGCUACCAUAAGAUCUGCUUGGAGAUUGCAGUUGAGUAUGAAAUGCAGCUAUGUUGUAGGUAUUUUCUUGCUAGGACUAGGUGAAAGCAGCCUGCGUGCCUUUUCCAAAACCCUGGCAAAGAGGGCAUCUUCACAGAUAAAUCAUAAACGAUGGUACUACUUUGUAAAUAGCAUUGAUAAGAUGGCUCCUGACUUAUGUUUUUAUCAUGCUUUGAUUUUAAUGAUAAAUACAAUACAAGAUGAAAACAUUA